ACGACGUCGUGCGGCGUGCAGACGUCAGCAAACUGCGCCACGUCUUCGGGGUUCAACCGGAGCCGGCAAUUGGGCGGGACUGCCAGGGGUUCAUUGUCUCCUCCGCUUCAGAGGCUCUGUUUGAGUCCUGUCCACCGGACCCUACUGGGGUACCUUCGAAUAAAAGCGGGCUAUGCUGCUGUUGCCUGGCGAUACCCUCUCCUGACGCCUCCUCCGCCCCGGUCAUGUUGACCUUCGUGGGUCGGGGCUGGGGGUGCGCACGCGCGCUCGCGCCGCGGGCCACCAGGACCUCGCUUCUGGUGGUCCCGGGGCCCCGGCCCGCGUUAACCUUCGGGGCUGCUCCGGAAUCCUGGGCUACCGACAGGCUCUACAGCUCCGCUGACCUCAAGGAAAAACUUGACAUGUCUAGAUUUCCUGUUGAAAAUAUUAGAAAUUUCAGUAUCAUUGCACAUGUGGAUCAUGGCAAAAGUACUUUAGCUGACAGGCUCCUAGAACUUACAGGGACAAUUGAUAAAACAAAGAAUAAUAAGCAAGUUCUCGAUAAAUUGCAAGUGGAACGAGAAAGAGGAAUCACUGUUAAAGCACAGACAGCAUCUCUUUUUCACGAUUGUGAAGGAAAGCAGUACCUUUUAAAUCUCAUUGAUACACCGGGCCAUGUUGAUUUUAGUUAUGAAGUAUCCAGGUCACUUUCUGCUUGCCAGGGUGUUUUACUUGUGGUUGAUGCAAAUGAGGGUAUUCAAGCCCAAACUGUAGCAAACUUCUUUCUUGCCUUUGAAGCACAGCUAUCAGUAAUUCCAGUUAUAAAUAAGAUAGAUCUGAAGAAUGCUGAUCCUGAAAGGGUUGAAAACCAAAUUGAGAAAGUGUUUGAUAUUCCAAGUGAUGAAUGUAUUAAG